CAGCGGCAGAACGGGUUUGCGACGCUCACUUGGCUCCUUGCUUCCUAUAAGGGCGAGUAACAGGUAGUGCUGCUGCUGCCGCUGCUGCUGCUCCGUUAGGUCAGAGGCAGAUCGCUCUCGACUCCGGGUGAAGGAAGGAAAACGGGCAGAGAUGGCUGCGACUACCACUCAGCCAAUGGGGAGCCUGCCCAGCGGACUGGGGAUCUGCACCACGGCCCCGGAUAUAUUUUACCUGCCCGAGCUGGUGUUCGGGGGUCUGGUGUGGAUCCUGGUGGCGUCGACCCACGUGGAGCCUCCGAACCCGCUGGGCUGGGUGAUGUUCGUCUCCGUCUUCUGCUUCGUCGUGACCUUCCUCUGGAUGAUCAUCUUCGGUGCCGGGGCCCACAAGAACAGCUCGGGCUGGGCCGCCGUCGACUUUGCUUACCACGGCGUGGCAGCCAUGUUCUACCUCAGCGCAGGCGUGGAUCUGGCGAUCGUCACCAUGGCGAGGAAAGUAGGCGAAGCAAGAAUCUACCACAUCGACAUCGCCGCUGUGGUGUUCGCCUUCGUUGCCAUACUCCUCUACUUCAUCCACGCCAUCCUCUCCGCCCUGCGAUGGAAAUACUUCUGAGGAGCGCCGCCGUCUCACCGACCUGCCAAGCCUAUUGUGUGUCUACGUGUGCGUGCGUGUGUGUGUGUGUGUGUGUGUGUGCGAUUACCCACAAGUGACAUCAACGAAGGAUUUAAGCCCCAAUUUGGGCAUUUUGAAAUGUUGAGUGAAGUUGUGAAGAGAGAAGAAGAAGAAGCAUAAAAAAAAAAACAUUCACAGCAUGUUUGGAGAAAAAAGGGAACAAAGGAGGGAAACGAAGCGCCGAGACGUCGCACUGUUUGUUCCGAUCGAGACAAAUUGACAACUUUGACUCUAAAAUUGGUCAAAGUUCAGUGACGCCUGUGAGCCGGUGAAGAUUUUUUACAAAAAGAGACGGUGUCAUAUGUUUUUGUCAUUUCAGUGAACUGUAGAAUAUGGUGCACAUUUUGUUUUUGCCGUAAAUUCUUAAUCCUUCAAAUUAUUUCUGAUGUCAAAAAAUCUCUAGUUUUAUCCGCAAAUUAUUAUCUAUGUUCGAGCCUUGACAACAAAUAUUUUCACAGGAUUAUUCAAAAGUUAUUCAAAAAUAAAUUGAUAAAACGAUUUUUAUUCCUUACAACAUAUUGAUGUUUUUUUUUUUAAAGAAAGAGCUUCAGUCAGUUCAGACACUCAACUAGUGACUAAUGAGUUUAUGAGACAGAAACAACAAAGUUGUCAGAUCGAAAACCGAAACUAUGAGAAUUAGUUUUAAAGGCAGGUGAGGAAAUAUCCUUGAGGUUUGGGUGAACUGAUUUUUAUUUAAAACAUUUUUUUCCUUAAGCCCAUCAGAGACCCCCCCCCCCUGUCUCCUUACUCACAGUAUCUAACUAAGAGAGACAAGUCUUCUGGCUUAAAAUAAAUAUUUUGUAUUCCUCAAGAUUAAAACAAGAUUUAGACAUAAA